CUCGUUGCCCCACUUCCCCAGCUAGAACUGCUUCUCUCUGUCACCCUUUUCAAGUAUUUAUUGUUCGCCCUUGAUCGGAAAACUAUUCGGUUGAAUGCCUCAUGUUCAUCGGCGAUAACUCUCAGGCGCCGGGGAGAGUGGGAGGCCUGAGCUUGUGAUGCCGGAAGGUGUCUUUGUCGAGAUUCUGUAGAGGCGGUAAAGUAGUCCCCAGGAAGUGCAGCAGCAAUUGAUUCUAGGGUUUCGUCUUCCAGCUCGGUGUGCCGUUAGGGUUGGUGGAGUUGCCGAUGGUUUUUAGCGACAAGGAUGGAGGGAAACAAAUAAUGGACUCUGGGAAGUAUGUUAGGUACACGCCAGAGCAGGUGGAGGCACUUGAGAGGGUUUACAAUGAGUGUCCGAAGCCGAGCUCUCUGAGGAGGCAGCAACUCAUCAGGGAGUGCCCUAUACUUUCCAAAAUCGAGCCGAAGCAGAUCAAAGUUUGGUUUCAGAACCGCAGAUGUCGGGAAAAACAAAGGAAGGAAGCUUCUAAUCUGCAGACUGUAAACAGAAAGCUCACUGCCAUGAACAAGCUUCUGAUGGAGGAGAAUGAUCGGUUGCAGAAGCAGGUUUCACAGCUAGUUUAUGACAAUACCUUCUUGCACCAGCAACUUAAUAGCACAUCUUUGGCUGCCACAGAUACUACUUGUGAAUCUAUGAUUUUGGGUAACCAGCUGCAAAAUCCUACUCCUCAGCCUCAAUUAAUGGAUGCAAACAAUACAGAUGGUCUACUCGCAAUUGCUGAGGAAACAUUGGUGGAGUUCCUCAAAAAAGCUACCGGAACUGCCAUUGAUUGGGUUCAGAUGGUCGGGAUGAAGCCUGGUCCGGAUUCUAUUGGAAUCAUCGCCAUUUCCCGCAAUUGUAGUGGUCUAGCAGCUCGAGCUUGUGGUUUUGUGAGUUUAGAACCCAAAAAGGUUGUAGAUAUAUUGAAGGAUCGCUCAACUUGGUAUCGUGAUUGCCGGUCCCUUGAUGUAUUGAAAGUUUUCCAUACUGCAAAAGGUGGACAUAUUGAAAUUUUAUACAUGCAGACAUAUGCACCUACUACUUUGGCUUUGGCACGUGAUUUUUGGACGCUUAGAUAUAGUGCAUCUUUAGAAGAUGGCAGCCUUGUGAUAUGUGAGAGAUCUUUGACCCCUUCAACUGGUGGUCUAGCUGGGCCAACCAACUCUAGUUUUGUCAGAGCUGAGAUGCUUCCCAGUGGGUAUCUAAUCCGACCAUGCGAGGGCUCUGGUGCAAUGAUUCAUAUUGUUGAUCAUGUAGAUUUGGAUGCUUCAAGUGUGCCUGAGGUUCUCCGACCAUUGUAUGAGUCGCCAACAGUACUAGCUCAGAAGAUGACCCUUUCAGCAUUACACCAUAUUAGACAGAUUGGCUUAGAAACAUGUGGGGAAACUUCAUAUGUCAGGGGGCGUCAACCUGCCGUUUUGAGGACCUUUAGCCAGAGGUUGAGCAGGGGUUUUAAUGAUGCAAUUAAUGGUUUUUCUGAUGAUGGGUGGUCUUUCCUGGGAUACGAUGGUGUGGAGGACGUGACAAUAACUAUUAAUUCAUCUCCUAGCAAGCUAUUUGGAAGUCAUUCCAGAUUUGCAAUGCUCUCAUCCUUGGGUGGUGGCAUCGUUUGUGCUAAAGCAUCAAUGCUACUUCAGAAUGUGCCACCUGCGUUACUUAUCCGCUUUUUGAGGGAACACCGUUCAGAGUGGGCUGACUCCCUUAUUGAUGCUUAUUCGACUGCAUCAUUGAGAGGUAGUACAUAUGAAGUUCCCGGUUUCAGUGACAACAGUGGGUUUUUGGCUAACCAUGUCAUUAUCCCUCUUGCUUAUACCGUGGAAAAUGAAGAGUUCUUAGAAGUGAUCAGGGUAGAAAGCCAUGCAUUCAGCCAGGAUAAUGUUCUUUCCAGGGACAUGUAUCUGUUACAGCUUUGCGAAGGGAUUGAUGAGAAUUCGGUUGGUGCUUGUGCACAACUUAUUUUUUCACCUGCUGAUCAAUCAUUUGUAGAUGAUGCCCCUUUGUUACCUUCAGGAUUUCGAGUGAUACCACUUGAUCUCAAAGCAGACUCUACUCCUGCCACAAGGACUCUUGACUUGGCCUCCACUUUAGAGGUUAGCUCAGGUGGAACAAGUAGGAUAGUCACUGACACGACUAUUAGUGAUGGGAGGUCGGUUCUGACAAUAGCGUUCCAGUUCAUAUUUGAGAACCACCUCCAAGAAAGUGUUGUGGCAAUGGCUCGUCAAUAUACUAGAAGCGUGGUGGCCUCAGUGCAAAGAGUUGCAAUGGCAAUCACUUCUUCACGGCUUGGCAGGGAGCUUGGUAUGAAACAGCCACUUGGGUCUCCUGAAGCUCAUACACUGGCAAGAUGGAUUUCUAGCAGUUACAGGUUCCAUUCUGGAAUUGAGCUCAUAAGGACGGACAGUCAUUGUGCCGAUUCCCAUCUGAAGCUUCUGUGGCACCAUUCCGAUGCAAUCACCUGCUGUUCUCUCAAGGCUUCUCCAUCUUUAACCUUCGCAAAUCAAUCUGGCCUCGACAUGCUCGAAACCACGCUGGUUGCUCUGCAAGACAUCACACUUGAGAACAUUCUUGACGAAGAUGGCCGCAAUGUCCUCUCGUCUGUGUUUCCCAAGUUAAUGCAACAGGGGUUUGCUUAUCUUCCGGCAGGCAUCUGCAUGUCGAGCAUGGGCCGUCCGGCGUCCUAUGAGCAGGCUAUGGCCUGGAAAGUUCUGGAUGAAUGCAACUGUCAGCAUUGCUUGGCCUUCAUGUUUAUCAACUGGUCAUUUGUUUAAUACACGCAUAGCAAUUUAGGUUUCUCCUUGUAACCAGUAGGAGUAUGAUGUUAGCGAACCUCUGCUGGAGUGACAAAUCUAAAUGAUAUUGUUGCUUCCGCAAAAGUUUUGGAAAAUUGUAAAUUACUCCGUGCAGUCUGUUGUUUAUACGUGCAUAAAUGCUUUUGGGAUAUUUAUUAUCCUAUAGAAUUAAAUGGUUAAUUCAAUGAUUUUUUGUUUCUU